UCUCUCUCUCUCUCUCAUUUUCUCCUCUCUUCUUCAAUGUCACUUCCCUCUUGAAAACUACAUGCCCGUUCGUGUUUUGUUGGUGCAACUUCACUUCAUUUCAUUUCAUUUUAAAAAACUAAUAAUAAAUUCCUCUUUUUAUUUUGCCACUGUUAUAACCUUUUCCAUUCAUCUCUCAUGAGUCGUCUCAGUCAUCUGGAUUUGAUGUUCUUAAUUGUAGAGAGAAACCUGUGAAAAUCAAAUAUUUAAUAAAUUAAAAAAAACAAAGAAGAAAAGCAAACAAUUUCACAAAUCCCUUCCCCUCUCUCUUUUCUUGUCAAGCUUUCAUCCUACGCCCACCUAGGUUUUCUGUUCCUUCAAUUCAAUUCUAGGGUUUUCAAAAAAAAAUAUUUUUUUUUUCUCUUGUCUGAUCUGGGCAUGGAGGAAUACCGCCGCCACGACUCCUCCGCUCCUCAAAGAGGAAGUUUCUUCUACACUCAGAGCUCGCCUCCCAACAAAAACGAUGAUAACAACAGCAACAGUAACAACAACAAUAAUUAUACAUCUGGUUAUAAUAGUAAUCACCACCACAUGUUGUUCCCCAACAUGAGCUCUCAGCUUGUUCAUCAUCAUCAUCAUCAUCAUCAAGCGGGUGAGAGUUGCUUCCGAUCCGAUCACGAUCAGCCCAACCCAGUUGUUAAAUCCGAAGCCAGCUCCUCAAGAUUUCUCAACCACUACUCUAUGUUGAUGAGAGCCAUUCACAAUCACCAAGAACCCAACAACAACAACAACAACAACGGCAGCAGCAACAGCAAAAGCGGCGACAACAACGAUGACAGCAACAGCAACAGCAACAUUCCUGUCGGUAGCGAAGUCGAGGCCAUGAAGGCGAAGAUAAUCGCUCAUCCUCAGUACUCAAGCCUCUUGGAAGCUUACAUGGACUGCCAAAAGAUAGGAGCUCCUCCUGAGGUUGUAGAUAGACUCACUGCGGCGCUGCAAGAGUUCGAGACAAGGCAGCGAUCAGCUGCGGCGGUGUCUGGAGACUACGGUGCACCAAGAGACCCCGAAUUGGAUCAAUUCAUGGAAGCUUAUUGUGACAUGUUGGUUAAGUACCGUGAAGAGCUAACACGACCGAUACAAGAAGCUAUGGAGUUCAUACGUCGUAUCGAAGCCCAACUUAACAUGUCGUGCCAAGGUCCCGUUCGUAUAUUCAACAACGCCGAUGGGAAAUGCGAAGGAGCGGGGUCAUCGUCGGAGGACCAAGACAACAACAGCGGCGGUGAAACCGAACUGCCAGAGAUCGAUCCUCGAGCAGAAGAUCGGGAACUCAAGAAUCACUUGCUGAAGAAGUACAGCGGCUACUUGAGCAGCCUGAAGCAAGAACUGUCCAAGAAGAAGAAGAAAGGGAAGCUGCCGAAAGAGGCGAGGCAGAAGCUGCUCACUUGGUGGGAGUUGCAUUACAAAUGGCCUUAUCCCACUGAAUCGGAGAAGGUGGCAUUGGCGGAAUCGACGGGUUUAGAUCAGAAACAGAUCAACAAUUGGUUCAUAAACCAAAGGAAACGCCAUUGGAAGCCAUCGGAGGAUAUGCAAUUCAUGGUGAUGGAUGGUUUGCAUCCUCAGAACGCGGCUCUUUACAUGGAUGGCCAUUACAUUGGUGACGGUCCUUAUCGUCUCGGACCAUAAAGAAAUAUCGCAUUCUUCACUGGUUUAAAUCCACGUCAGUCCAUGCAUCGACUAGUUCAUGUUGCAUUGGUAUAUAUAUAUACAUACAUAUAUACAUAUAGAGCCUUUAUAUGAAUGAAUAUAUGUUGAUGCUUUCGUGUUACAAGUGAGAAUUUGUAGUGUCCAUAGUUCAGUGUUAUAUAUAGCUUUCUUUUGUAAUGUUUUGGACCAUGGGUUAUAUUCAUGUAAUAUGUAUCACCAUUUCUCAUC